AUGGCCAAGCUUCAAGAAAGAGAUAGAGCGGAAGUGGAAGAAAUUCUGGACGAAGAAAGACUGGGACUGGAGGAUCUCGAGAGCCUCGUGGCCAAAUUCAACGACAAAUUUGACGGGAUGGGCGUUCCCAUCAUGGAGUUCUUGCAAGGGUACUGGUUGGGUCGGAUAAUAUUCUUCUUGUUAGAGCGCGAUCCAUACGAUGAGGAGCACACCGUUGAGUCAAGAAAACUCGGUGUGAAGCUUGAGGCGGAGCAGCGGGGUCUACCUUACAUGGUCUCUCUGCUUAUUCGGCCUAAACUAGAAGAGACUGACGAAGGAGAAACUGACGAGGAAGAGACCAAUGAUUAUUGA